UUACUCGAAUGCGUCAUGCGCAUGAAACACAGCUGAUGCCGCUCGCUUCAUCCUAAUUCCCAAUGGCCACCGAGGAUCCACGGGGAUCUAAUGGGAUUUAAAAGUGCGUCGCAACAUUUCGAUGUAUGCCCGUCGUUUGCCGCACGGCAAACGCAAGAGAUAUGAUUCUAAGUUGCCGUCGUUGGAAACAUCGCUGUCAUCGCAAAACGCAAAUCCAGCAGAAGCAGACAUGAAAAUAGCAAAAUCCACCGUUGUCCUCCUGAUCUUUGUGCUGAUGCUGUCCAUCUUCGUAGCGAACGUGGCUGAUCUUAUCAAUGUUGACUCUCAUCUGCAGGAUGAAUCAGUACAAGAAAUUGAUGCGGAGACCCAUGGGUCUAGACCAAAGUAUUAUGAUAUAGGAAAGUCAUAUGAUCAUGUGAUGUGGUUCCUACAGAUAUCAGACAUACAUAUAAGUAUCUUUCAAGAUCCAUCUAGAAUAUCAGAAUUAAAGAAAUUCUGCAAUAUAACAGUAAAUGCGAUUAAGCCUGUAGUUGUCCUUGCUUCAGGAGACUUGACUGAUGCCAAAGCUAAAGAUAAAAUGGGUUCUAAGCAGAUACUCGCAGAAUGGCAGUAUUAUAAACAUGUGAUAGAUGAGACUAAUAUUAAAGAAAAAACAUUGUGGUUAGAUGUUAGGGGAAAUCAUGAUAACUUUAACGUGGUCAGUCUUAAUUCCAAAAACAAUUAUUACUCCAAUUACUCUGUUCAGGGAAAAAAGCACCCGAGAUCUUACAUAUACAAUGUUGUCGUUGGUUCUGAAACAUAUUCCUUCCUUGCAAUCGAUGCAUGCUUGAAGCCUGGUCCCAAGAGGCCAUUUAAUUUCGUGGGUGUUUUAGAUCAACGUGAGAUCAAUAAGAUACAGCACUUGAUUAAUCAGUCCAGAGAUAUCAGUGCAGAUUACAUCAUUUGGUUCGGUCAUUACCCUACAUCAUGCAUAUUGUCACAAUCUGAUACCGGUAUCAGAAAUAUUCUAGGCAGACAUAAAGAAAGCAUGGUGUAUUUAUGUGGUCAUUAUCACACGCUCGGUGGUAUGGUACCCAACAUGUACACGUUGCAACAAGCGGGCUUCCUUGAGCUGGAAUUGGCAGAUUGGAAAGACAAUAGAAUGUAUCGCCUUGCGGCAGUAGAUCAUGGCCAAUUCUCAUUCAUUGAUGUAAAGCACAAUGAUUGGCCUGUAGCAUUAAUCACGAAUCCGAAACACGCGUUAUACAUGAUGCCACGAAGAGAAAAUUUAAAAUCCAUUAUCGCAUCCACGCAUAUCAGAGUGCUGGCGUUCUCAACAGUUCCGGUGAAGACCGUGGAAAUUCAAUUGAGCGAUAGUGUCUGGCAAACAUGUGAUCAUGUAAAGGGACCACUUUACGUAUUGCCGUGGAAUACAACAAUGUACAAGGACGGUAUUCAUCAGAUCACAGUACGUGUAGUUGACGAGGAAGAUAGAGAAAAAAUUUUAUCGCAUCCGUUUUCUCUGGACGGCUCGAGGCUGUCGUUCAGAAUUUUGCCCCGAUUGGUGCUCAUGUUCGACGUCAGCCAUAUUUUUCAGUUCCUAUUCUGCACUAUAUUGGCAUUGCUGGUAGCUCCGCUGUGCUUACUUCGCUUUCUUCAUAUACUCUGUGAAAAUAAAUAUAUGCAUCGACCGCGGCUGCCCAUUAGAUUUUUUCAUUGGUGGUUAAGGAAACUGUGGAUACUAUCUACUAUCGAUAGAUUAUUUUUCCCGUUGGUACUGUACUCUUUGUAUUUGGCCGUUGGCCCUUGGACAGUGGGAGAAGUAAUUGAGAAUCACAUAGGCGUGAUCUUCGCGUGGGGUACAUUCGUCGGAAAUGCGUAUCUGCCGGGUGCUUUCACCUACGCUUAUGGAUUCUUUCAGCUGUUCUCUUUCCACCUACCACUGAUGCUGAUUUUGGCGCAUCAAGUCGAUCGUAGACUGCAAGACGCUGAGCAUUCAGUGAGACAGCCGUUGUCGAAAUUAAGAUUAAUCUGGCGACACUUACCGUUUGCGUUGUUAAUUGCGAUGCAAACCACAAUGGCUUAUUUCUUUUGGUUGGCGUAUGGCACACUAGCUACGAUAUUGUGCCCAUUGCGCACUUGGAGCAUUCUUCUGGCAGUGAUACUAUACUAUCGCGUCAACACAAUGCCACUCUCAUGUUUGAGGUCCGUUGCAUUACUCUGGUCACCUCGUGAGGUACAAACCACCGACUUCAUCGUAACGUAAACCUCCGAUCCUAACAAUACAACUUAAUGAAAAUAAUAAGAGAAUAAUUGUAAAAUCGGGAAUGUUGGUGGUGAGCUAAUAAUAUUUGAAAGCGGUUAACACAAUAGACAUACAGGAAAGUUAAAUUAGAUUCUUUUGUAACAUAUUUCACACUUCGAGUAAAGUCCUGAGAUUAAGAAGCCAACUGAAAGAUAACCAGUUCUUAAGAGAAACAAUCAAAGUAUCUUUUUAUUUUAUAUCGAUGCUCUUUCAAAUAUUCUUUACAUUUCUGUGACAAAGUUAGUGUUCCUUUCAUAUGUGCCACAUUAUGUUCAAUUGUAUAUUCAUGCAUUACAUCAAAUUACGUACAUUAGUAAAUAUUGAUCAAUUGAUUAUGUAUAUAUUUCAAAAGUGCAAUACUCUUCCAAAGCGGGUAUUACAAUGUGAUAAUUAUUGUUGAUAUAAUUUUAUAUUAACGGUCGCUACUUUUACUUCCGUACAAUGUACAUAAUCUAGGCUCAAGAGUUCCUCUUCGACAAAAUUGAUUUUUAUUUUUAUUCCUUUUAUAAUAAGAAAUCUCGAAUAUAAGAGAGUUGUGCACACAGAAAGGGAGGAUGUGUGUGGAGAGGGAGAAGGAGAGAGGAAUAGAGACACAAAGAGAAUAUUUAGGUAUUAGAGAUAUCGCUAUGUAUUUAUACCUCUGUUACGCUUUAUCUCUUUGCUGGAACUGAAUUGUUAGAGAUAUAUCGAACGAAGAAUGUGAUAUUUUACGAUUUAGAAGACAGAUCUUCGAAAGGCAGAAUUAUAACUUUAGUACUCCUGUUCAGAACUCUCAACUGAAUGCCCCGAGCACUUUCCUGUGACAUAUAUAUUUUUCUAUUUCUAUAUUCGGGAUUCGCACAUAUUCUUUUCCCAAUAAUAGUUUAGGUACAUUUAGAAAUGAUAUCUCACUGGAGAUUUAUAUAUAUGUUAGAUGUUUUUACUGUGACACAUCACAAAGAUAGUCAAGCCAUGCGUAAAUGACACAUAGAAUUCGAGAUAGAGAUUAUCCUCUUGUUUGACAUAUUUGUCGUAUAAAGAGUGCAUCAAUUUACUGACAAUCAUACGAGCCAAGCUCUGUGCUUUAGAAACAGCAAUUAGAUUUGGAUUAUUUGUGUCAUAAAAUAUAACUAGUGACAAGGAUUGGCUAUCUUUGAGCAUAACGUGCUAAAGGAAUCCAGUGAAAGUAACAUUGUUGUAUUAAAAUGCAAUUAUGUGCUGCGAUCAAAACAAUAUUACGGAUAGUAUUUGGUAGAUAUAUAUAAAAAGCAAGUGACAACUAAAUUGAAAUUAAAGAUCUUUCAAGAGGUAUAUAAAAGUGUUGCAUACAUGUACUAAUAAAUGUAAAUAUGAUCUGCGGAAA